AUGCGGUCGACUACAGUUGCUGCCGCCCUCUUGGCCCACUUGGUUGCCUACGUCGCCGCCGGCGUGGCGCCAGUCGUGAAGAAGGCGCCGUUUGGUAUCAGCCUGCCACCCCUGAUCCCUUCCAUCCCCGGAGUCACGGAGCCUCUAGCGUCCAACGCCCCGCCCCUCCCGAUCCUCCAGCUCCCCACCCCUCCGCUUGAGAGCCCCCCCUUCACGGCGUCCAACAUCAAGCCCAAGAAGAUCGGGUACUUCUGGACGGGUUCCGGUGACAACAUCCACAAGGACUUCUUGGUGACGGCCAGCUUGGAUGACGACACCUUUGGCACAAUCAUCGAUGUGACUGAUGUCCCAACCAGCGGAAACUCGCCCCACCAUCUCGGCCCGUCUGCUGAUGGCAAGACCCUCGUUGGUGGUGGCCUGCUCUCCCUCCUGAAGACCCAGGACACUGCCUUCUACUUCGACGUGACCAACCCAUACCGCCCGAAGUUCUCGCAUAGCAACCGUGCCUUGUUGAGCUCCAUCGUUGAUGAGAUCCGGGCCAAGCCUGAAGGUGGUUUCUUCAUCACCUACAUGGGCAGUGCGGUCGGCACCUCCCCAGGCCGCCUUGUUGAGACCGAUGCCAAUGGUAACAUCAUCCACGAGUGGCCCGAGGAUGUCGCGGGCGUGCUCAACAUCCUUUCGGAGCAGUUCUCGCCUCACGGCCUGACCGUCGACUGGAACAAGAACAUCAUCAUCACUUCCGACUUCGUCGUCCCCAUCACCAUCCUAAAGCCUACACUGGGCAUCAAGAAGGCGAACACCCUCCGCCUGUGGGACCUCAAGACCCGGACCAUCAUCUCGACCAUUACCAUUCCCAAUGGCCAAGGUAUACAAGACGUGAAGUUCAUCCCCGGCAAUCCCGAGACAGCCGCACUCGCCUCUGCCGUCGGCACCGGCCAGGUCUGGAUCAUCUACCCGUUCCGCAAGAACCCGAACGGCUCGCAGGGCGUGGCCGAGCUGCUGUACGACCUGGGCCCCAAGGCCAAGAACUCGCUCGCCAUCUACUCGGACAUCUCUGCCGACGGCAAGCUCGCCUACUUCACCAUCACGCUCGGCAACCACGUCGCCGCGCUCGACAUCUCGGACCUCAACAACGUCAAGCGCCUCGACGACCCGAAUGAGCAGCAGCCCAUCAUCGGCCCCCACUACGUCAAGAUCUCGCCCGACAAGAAGAACCUGCUCGUCACGGGAUACUUUGUCCAGGCUGGUGAUAUCUCGGUCGUCAACACCCCCGGCGACUACAAGGGCCACUGGAUUGACAUCCUGCCCAACGGCGCCCUGUCCUUCAACCGCACCAUCGACUUCGAGACCAUCUUCACCAGGGACCGCGGUGGCGCCCGUCCCCAUUCGAGCGUCAUCUUCGACCUGACCGACCCUGACCACCCUAUCUACUACUGAGG